GAACGCAUAUAGUCCAUAGCGGAAGAGAGAGAGUCAAUACUGGAGAAGCAUCAUCUGCGACGCCGGCACAACACGCUCUUAUUUCAUCCGCAUACAAGUUCAACAUGAAGGGAAUGUUUCUUCAACUGAGCCGUGCCGCACCGGUCCUCCGCCGGAGCCUACACUCUGGUGUGCGCCCUGCAUCCACGGCUGCCUCCAGAAAGAGGGAGGAACGUCGAGCAACCUCAGAUGAAAUCUACGUUCGUGAGGACAAGUAUGGAGCGCACAACUACCAUCCCCUGCCUGUGGCGCUGGAUCGAGGGGAGGGCAUCUAUAUGUGGGACGUAGAGGGCAACCGAUAUUACGACUUCCUCAGUGCUUACAGUGCAGUAAACCAGGGACACUGCCACCCUAAGAUCAUAGCUGCGCUCACACAGCAGGCGUCUAAACUCACCCUGACGUCCAGAGCGUUCUACAACGAUGUGCUCGGAGCCUACGCAGAGUUCAUCACCAACAUGUUCGGCUACGACAAAGUUCUACCUAUGAAUACAGGAGUUGAAGGUGGCGAGACGGCCUGCAAGCUCGCACGGAAGUGGGCUUACAAUGUAAAGGGGGUUCCUGAAAACAAGGCCAAAAUCAUCUUUGCAAAUGGGAACUUCUGGGGCCGCACCAUGGCAGCCAUCUCCAGCUCCACUGACCCCAGCAGCUAUGAGGGUUUUGGCCCCUUCAUGCCCGGCUUCGAGCUUAUUCCAUACAACGACAUUCCUGCACUGGAGAAAGCUCUUCAGGACCAAAAUGUUGCAGCAUUUAUGGUGGAGCCCAUUCAGGGAGAAGCGGGUGUGGUGGUACCUGACCAAGGCUAUCUCACCAAAGUCAGAGAACUUUGCACAAAAUACAAAGUGUUGUUUAUUGCUGACGAGGUGCAGACGGGUCUGGCACGGACUGGCCGGCGGCUGGCCGUGGACCACGAGGAAGUCCGUCCAGAUAUGGUGAUCCUGGGAAAAGCUCUUUCCGGAGGCGUUUACCCCGUGUCUGCAGUGUUGUGUGAUGAUGAGGUUAUGCUGACCAUCAAGCCUGGAGAGCACGGGUCCACGUACGGAGGAAAUCCUGUGGCGUGUCGUGUUGCUAUUGCAGCACUGGAGGUGUUGGAGGAAGAGAGGCUCGCAGAAAAUUCCCAAAAGAUGGGAGAGGUGCUGCGGACUGAGCUGAGAAAGUUGCCUAAAGACAUUGUGACUACAGUCAGAGGGAAAGGCCUCCUGAACGCGAUCGUCAUUAAAGAGACCAAAGAUUAUGAUGCCUGGAAAGUGUGCUUGCGUCUUCGUGACAAUGGACUGCUGGCCAAGCCCACCCAUGGUGACAUCAUCAGACUGGCCCCGCCCCUCGUCAUCAAGGAGCACGAGCUGCACGAAUGUGUCGACGUCAUCCAGAGAACCAUCAUGUCUUUCUAAAUAUCAGUUCAUCAACGCACCAACAAAUUCCACUUUAGUGACCUUUUUUAAAAAGGCACUAUAAACAUUUUAAUUGCUUUUAUUUUUAUUUGAAAGGCGGUUCUAUAUUAAGAAUUUCUAUAGGAAUAUACUUUAUGCAGGAUUGUGUAUGAGGAGUUUGUUUUUUGUGAGGAUACACUGACAUGUUUGCACAGAAAUCUGCUGUGGAGAACAAGGGUGGCAAGAAGCUGCCACGGGAAGGAAUCCAGAAUGGGGAAAAAGCUUUGUCUUUUUUUUUUCUUUCCUGAGUGGUUGAUUUUAUUUCUUUGCAGUGACUUGGCUCCUUUUAAAAAAAGGAAAAGUUGUUUCAUGAAUGUUACAUGCAGGUUAGUGGGUGGAAGCUCAAGGUCAUUGACUUUAACAGGGACCUGAAGACGAGCCUCUGGGGGAAAUGCACCUUGACGCAGAAAUAACAGAAUUUCUAUUGGUAUUAUAGGUUAUUAGUUACGUUUAGUCUGCCGCAGUUGGUCGGCUGACUUGUUUCUGUAUGCUGUUGUGUUCUGAAACACGCGUUACAUUAAAGGCCACAAGGUCUAUGUAUUUAAUUUUGAGCAUUUCAGAUUUUGUUUCCCCUUACAGAUUUACUUUUAUUAGAGUUUUUACGUUAAUUUAUGAUCCACUUGACCAUAUUUUAAACAGCUGUUUCGAGUAAUGAUGUGUAUAUCUGUGGCUGAGAGCAAAACAAACUUUGUGCUGUAAACUAAAUUUCCUUUAUAUAGAAAUGAGUACACUUUGUAAAAGUUGAAUGUCAAACGGAGACAAGGCGCUUGGUUUUAAGUAUUUGCUGAAUGUUCAGUUCAUGUGUAAAGCUUUUAUUUUGAAAUAUGCCCCACGUUGUUACAGAACACCACUGUUCUUCAAAUAUACUGUUCCAAUCCUGUCUGUUGUCUUGGUUCGUUUGAACAAAAGCAAACAUUAUUUACUGUUUACAGGAAGCAGGCCCAACAUCUUGAACAUUUGCAGUCUAAAAAUACCUUUUCAGCACAUCUGCAGUUUGCAAAACCAUGAAACUAUUUUCUUGAAAAAUACAGUUUGUUUUACACCAGACUUUUUUUUUUUUUUCUUCAUUUUUCCAAAUAAAACAUGCACGCAGUG